AUGCAUUUUGUGCUUGAAUUUGAGAAUUCACCUAAUAAUCUUAAUUAUAAUGCCAUUGCAACUGAAAGGUUUAGAAACGUUUUUGAGGUUUACGUUGAAGAUAAAAUAGAAGAAUUAGAUAAAAAAUCAUCCGAAAAACUUAAUAAAGAAUGUCGACAUUUUAAUUAUUUUAUUGAUGAUAUAAAAGAAGAAUUCCUUACGACUUCAUUGAUAAGUCUUCCUACAGAAUUAAGAAAAAAAUUAUGGGAUAGUGAAGUUGAUAAAAAAUUACCAGAUUUAAUGGCUAGAAGUACACAUGAUAAAUGUCUAAGAACAGAACAUAAUUUUGAUAAAAACUAUAGGGAGAUUAUUAAAAUAUUAGAAGAUUAUUGUGAAGAUAGAACUACUAAAUUGAGAGAUUUAGAAGCUAUAAAAUAUGUAGAAAAGGAUUGCAUUAAUUUUAAUACCUGGGUAAAUAGUUGGGACUAUGAAAUAAAAAGCAAAAUGGAUAAAUUAGAUCUUCAAAAAAUAAAACAAUAUUUGGAAAAAUCAAAGUUCAAAUGUAAUAUAGAUGAUUUAGAUAAUUUAGAUAAAUUUUUUUCGCAUGUACAUCCAAGAGAUAUGAAGGGAAGUGAAGAGGAUCCAAGAAAUUCUCAGGAAGGAGAAGAGAAUAAAGAUGAAUAUAAAAAUUUUAAUAGUACAAAAGAGGAAGGUGAUGAGAAUGUUGAUAGGAAAAAUAUCCCUUCCAGAGAAACGCAUCAACCUACACCGGUUGUUGAAGAGGAUCAUCACGUUAGAACAUUUACUACAAUUGUAAGUAAUGAUAAAGGUAAUAAUAAUAUAGAUAAUGAGGUUUCUACUACUGAUGAAAGAUCGAAUUCAGGUGAAAAAAAUAAAGAUGUGGAUCUACCUACACCUGAGUUAAAAAUACCUAAAGUUAGAGAACCUAAUGGAGAGAAAAAAUCUGAAAAUGCAAAAGGUAGUAAUAAAGGAACACAUGAAGAACGAAAAUUAACACAUGUUACUUCUAGAAAGACAGAGUCAGAAAUAAAUAAAUACGCUCCUCCUAAUCACAAAUAUACUAUAUUUGAAUGCAAUGAUUUAGAUUGUACAUCUCUUAAAGCUAAAGAUGUUAUAUCUACAAAUGAAGGUUAUAGUGUAAUUGAUAGUGUUGAAUUUGUAGAUAAAGGAGAUGGAGGUAAUGAAGAUCGUAAUACUUACUGUUUUGAAGAUGAAUGUAAAUUGGUUAAUGUUAUUCAGGAGCAUGUUGAUGAAAUAUCUCAAAGAAAGGAAAAAAGAGAAAAAGGGAAAGAUGGGGAUAGAAAAAAGGGUAAGGAAUCAGCUGUUAAAAGUUCCCCUAAUGGUGCAGUUUCUCCUUCUUAUGUAAUAACUCAACAUAAAAGAGAAGAUAUAGAAAGGGAAUCAUAUUAUGUAAGAGAAAAAACUGUAGAGGAAGAAGCUGCAACUUGCCCAGAAGGAGAAGAAAAUUGCAUUGAUCCUAUGAAACAAAUAUUUAUCAUAGAAGGUGAUACUGUAAGAAGUAUGGGAAUUAGUGAUGUGCCAGAAAUGCAAGCUGUGACUAACAAAGAUAGCCAUGGAUCCAUUUAUGAAGUUCCUUCAUCUGUUGGUGAACAUAUUGAAGAUAAAGUAUCAUUAUUUGAUUUUACUAUUGAGCCCGUUAGACAUACAUCUGAGGAGAACUAUGGAUUUGUUCAUGAAGAACCAGUUACAGAAGAUCCUAAUUUAUUACAUGGUGAACAACUUAUAACACCUACUGGAGAAGUUUAUAGAUCUGUACCCGAUCAUAAUGAAAUUGGCCUUUCUGGUAGUCCAAUACUACAUGGACAAUUUUCAACAAAGUAUCCAUUAAAUACUCUGACUACAUUAGAAGGUGAAUCUAACAAACUAUCUACUAUUAAAUCAUUUAUGUCUAUAAUUGGAAAUUUUUUUGAUACUAUAAAUAGUUCUACAAUAACUGGAAAAAAUGUUAAACCAAAUUUGGAAAUUGAUGAAACUGCAACUAUUCCUGCAAGUACAUAUACUUCGAGUCCAAUGUCUUUAGAUAUUCAAACAGCUACCCAAGAAACAGUGAUGGGAAUGUUAGAGAAUGCAAAUUCUUACCCAUCAUUUGCACAAACGAAACAAGAAGAUUCUUCAUCUAAUACUGGAUCACCUUCACGUUCCUUCAGCCUUAACUCCCAAAUGGUUCCCAUUACAUUAAAAACAAACGUUGGAGGAAAAUAUGUUGUGAUAGGAGGAGAUAAAGGACAUGUUCCCAAAGGAAUUGAACGUUAUAUAACUUCCGUCCCAGUAGCAUUAGCAAUUUUUGGAGUUCUUUUCGUUUUUAUAUUAUUUAACAAAAUUAAUCCUUUUGGAACAUUUUCUUCCAAAAGAAAAAAAAGGAAAGUCAGACGAAGAAGGUAUGAUGAGAAAAUAUUAAAAAGGAAAGGAGAAAAAUGUUUUGAAAAUUUAAUGCAGGAUUCAAAUGGAUGGAUUGAUAAAGGAAGACAUGAUAUAUUACCAAAGAGGUUAUAUAAUAUUGAAAAAAAGGAAAGAAAGAUGUACAAAGUGUUAGAUGAAAAGGAAUAUCAAUUUAUAGAUGAAGUUUUGAAUAAAGAAGAUAUAAAAAAUGUGAAUGAAAAGAAAAUAAUAAAUGGAGAUGUAAAGAAAGAUAACGAAAUAAUAAAUCUUAUAGAAUUACAUUUGGAUGCAAUAGAAGAAAGUAAUAAUGAUGAAUGGGAAGAAUAUAAAAGCGAAUUUUUAGAAGUAUGUAUUGAAGAAUUUUUUAAAGACAGAAAAAUUGAUAGACAAGAUAAAAUGAUGGAAGAAAAAUAUAAAUAUAAAUAUAAUUCAAAUAAUAUUGAUAUAUUGAAGAAAAAGGAAUUCAUGUGGAAUAAAUGGAUAGAACAAAAUAGAUAUUUUAUGAAUAAUUGGAAAGAUGAAGAAUGGUUUCAUAAUAUAAAAUAUAAAUGGGAAAAAGAAAUAGAAGAAUAUUUCAAAUUAGAAAAAUAUGAUAAGAAUUUAUUAGAACAUUUUGAAAAAAAUAAAGGAAAUAAUAAACAUUUUAUGAUAGAAAUAUUAAAAAUUAUAUGGAAAAGGUGGAUAGAAAAAAAUGUAAAAAAUAUAAAUAAAUCUGUUACAGAUGAGUGGAUCAAUAAAUUGGUAAUAGAAUAUAAAAAUGAUUAUAUUGAUCUGAAGAAAGAUUAUAUACGUUUAAUAAAAGAUAUAUAUAAUAUUCCCUUGGAUAAUAAGCAUAAUAAUUAUUAUUAUAAUAUAGAAUAUAUAAAUAGUGAGAACUUGAUAAAAAUAAUGUUCAUACAAAUAUAUAUGUCAGUUUUAGAAGAAUAUAAAAAGGAACAACUUAAUAAAAAUGUAAACACAUUUUUGGAUAUAUGUUUGGAUGAUAUAAAAGAUAAACAAUUAAAGAAUGAUGAAACGAAUAAUAUGAUAAAAUUAAUAGAUGAAAUAAAAAAAAAUAAAUAUAACUUGAAAAGGAGUAAAGAAAAAGAAAUUAUGAAUCAAUUUAAAAAUGAACUAUUUUUUAAAAAUAUUAUGUGUGACUGGAAAAAUUGUGAAGAUAAUUUUAUAAAUGAUCAUUUUAUUGAAGAUAAUAUUAAUAUAUAUGCAAUUAAAAAGGAUAUACCCCUAAAACAUUGGAAUCACAUAUAUCAUAAAUGGUUACAUGAGGUGAAAAAAGGGGGUGAUAUUAUUGUAUCAUUCAAAGGUAAAGAGAAAGAAAAGGAACAAAAUGUUAUAGAUGAAUCAUUAUUAAAUAUAAAAAAAAAAAGAAACAAAUGGAAAACCAUCAUAGAAAUAUAUAUGGAAGUGAUGGAUGAAUGUAAAAGGGAUGAAUGGGAAGAAAGUCGAGGAGAUUUUUUACAAAUCUGUUUAGAAGAAUUUAUUAAG